AUGGUCUCCAUUGCCACUGCUUACAACCCGGCGCUCACGCCCAUUUCCUCCAGCAACCGCUCAAAAAUGCUGGCCGCAUCUUCCCCCGUAUCCAUCCUCAAAACAUCCAAGACUGGCACAAAACGCAAGAUGGACGAAGUGGACUUCGACGUUUCCCGCUCGUCCCCCACAGACCGGUUCAACGAGGUCUCCGCUCCCAGCAAGAAGCGUGCCCGCGUCACCUUCGACACGAAAAUUCAGAUGCAACACGCUCCGAGCCAGGUCGACUCAUCGACCUCUGCCCAGAACGUGGGUGUUGUCCGUGAGGCUGUUCGUCGGGCCAUCCACCGCCAUGUUUCCGCAGGCGAUAGCGAGGCUUACGACCAAAUAAAGGCCAUCUUCUCAGCCGACCCGAAGAAAGCCGACGACCCUAUGUAUCACUACGAUCUCCCCUCGCACACCACAUUAAGACACCACCUGAUGGGUCUGCUCUCCCAUGUCGCCUCCUUGGAUCGGGAUUGCAGCGGUCUUGUCAAUGCCAUUAUCAACAGCGAAUGGCUCGGCCGGGACGAGUCUUACGUCAAGCUCUAUGUUCGCUUCCUCGGCAACCUUGCGGCGGCGCAGGGCACAUAUCUCGCUUCGAUUUUCAAGAUGCUGCUCACACCACUCGGUGGUGUUCCCCGCGGGACCGGUAAGCUGCCCGGUUACCCUAUCGUCCCGGUGUCCGAGAUUUACUCCCGAGUCCACAUGGCGCUGCGCCAUGUGAUGCGACUUAUCCCAGCUGGAAGUAGCACACUGUCGCCUAUUCUGACUCAACAAUUUCCUUACGAAACCGACCCCGCAAAAUCGUACGUCGCCUACACUCGCAACAUCAUACAAAUCUUCAGCUACGCUCCUGAACUCCAGUCCGACAUCUUGGCUCUCAUCACCGAGAAGCUAGUUAAGGUUGACGUCCAGAUUCAAGCCGACUUGGAAGAUUUUGAGGAAGAGCUCGAGGAAGAGCUUCUGAAUGUUGCAGCCGAUGAAGAGGAGGAGCUGGAUAGUGAUGACGAAUCAGACAUGAGCGAUGACGAGGACAGUGAGGAACAACGUGUCUCGGCGAUGAAGAGUAACAUUCACAAAGUGGAUGGAAUGAUUGACGUGCUAUUCGAAUAUUAUACUCGCUCUUUCACGACUGGCCGCCACGACGAUCAAGAAAAUACUCUGAAACUUCUUCUGGGUCACUUCGAAUCAAUCAUUCUCCCGACAUACAAGUCGCGACACACGCAAUUUCUCCUGUUUCAUUUCUCUCAGUCAUCUCCACAGCUGGUGCACCAGUUCACUGCUACUUGUACGAAGCUUAUUUUACACACGCAGAAGCCUGGUAUUACGCGCCAAUCUGCAGCUGCCUAUCUGGCCAGCUUUGUCGCCCGUGGCGCGCACAUUCCUGGCGAUGUCGUCCGUGAAGUCUUCGACACUUUGGCCAAUCAUCUUAAUGAAAUGCGGAUAGCCCACGAGCCUGGUUGCCGUGGUCCUGACCUCCGUCGCUACGCUCCAUUCUAUUCCACAACGCAAGCACUACUGUACAUUUUCUGCUUCCGCUGGCGUGACCUGACCACCGCUGCCGCCGAGGGCGAUAGUCCCGAGCAGGUGGAAGAAUUGGACCCGAGCGAAGUCGCAUUCCCUUCUCACAUCAAGGAGGUUCUUCACAAUGCGAUCCACUCUCGUUUGAACCCUCUAAAGAUCUGCUCACCCGGUAUUGUCAACGAGUUUGCACGCAUCGCCCACCAUUUCCAAUUCCUCUACAUCUUUACUCUUAUCGAGACCAACAAGCGUGUCCGCAUCUCAGCUUUCCGAAACAUUUCUAGCAUGUCCAACUUCAACAACGUCGGCCGUGAGAUUCGCGCAGGUGACCAGCUCGGCUACCAGCUCGACGCCUAUUUCCCCUUUGAUCCCUACCAGCUCCCGCGUAGCCGUCGCUGGCUGGAGGGUGACUACGUUGAGUGGCGCGGUAUUCCAGGACUGGACGCCGCAGACGACUCAGAUAGUGGAGCCGAUGACGAUGGUGACGAUGACGAUGAAAACGCCACCGGCACUGACGAGGAGUGA